CAAAGUAAUUGGUGGGUGGGCAUUUGACAAAGGACAAAAAAGAAAAAAUGAGUGUCGCAAAUUUAGUAAAAAUCAUACCUUUCAAUGUGAAAGAAAACCCCCAAUUAAACUUUCUACUACAAAAUUCAACUAUCACCUUCCGAAAAUUCCUACGAAUCUUACUGAUAAAUCCCAAUUAUAACAAUCAGAAUAUUAUUAGCACUAAACUAUUUAGAUCUCCAAUUUUGCAAGAUUAUUACAACAAAGUGCAGAAAAUAGCAGCACCCGAAAGUCAAACCUCAACAUCAUCGCCGAAAAUGGAGAGAGAAAUCGCACGCCGCAACAUCGCAGUGAUGAUGUUGAUCUCAGUUUUUGUCGCUGCAUUUCCUGCAUCUGCUUCAUCUUCUGAAGUUGAUUUCAUCAACAAAACUAUUGCUAACAAUAAAAUCGUCAUCUUCUCCAAGUCUUACUGCCCGUACUGUAGGAGGGCGAAAGAGGUUUUCAAAGAGUUGAACCAAGCACCACAUGUUAUUGAGCUGGAUGAAAGAGAUGAUGGUUCGGACAUUCAGGAUGCACUCAAAGGUAUUGUUGGGAGACGCACAGUGCCCCAGGUCUUCAUCAAUGGGAAACACAUUGGUGGAUCAGAUGAUACCCUUGAAGCCUAUCAAAAUGGAGAGUUAGCCAAACUUCUGGGUAUUGAUGCAACAAAUCAUGAUGAUCUGUGAUACGAUGUCUUUGAAGUCAGACAGUAGCCUCUAAUUUAAAUUCAAGAUGGGUACCGGUCAAGCAGGCUUUACAUUGAAGAUUUCGCCAAAAGUUUGAAUCCAUUAUCUGCUAUGAUAUCCACAUACAAUGCGGUUUUGUUUUAUGGCUUUUGCUAGUGAUGAAAUGUAGUAUUUUCUUACCUAUCCGGAUUCCAUAAAUAGAAGUGAGGAACAAUUAUUGUAAUCUUUUCUCUCCUUUUAAUUUUUGCACUUGAUUCUGGAGUCA